ACACACACACACGCACACAAACAUACAGAGUCACUCAUUCAACUCCCUCUCAGCCACGGGUCAGCAGCUCAGACAGACACCUUGUUCCUAUUCAGCUGGAAAGCUUAGAGCAUCGCAAGGUGCACACACACACACACACAUACUUGAAUACACACUCACACAGAAACACUUAUACACAUAUAGACACACAUGCACAUCCUCAUACAUCCCAGGACUUUAUCUCUGGUACAGGAAAGAAGACCUCAGACCAAGGAGGAGAGAAAACAGAGAACAAGGAGGACACCAAAGACAAACUUUUAAAGAUGGGUUUGUGACAUUACAGCACUCUAUGAAAGGACCGGACAAAGAAUUGAAAACCAGCUGAAGAUGACAACUGGAGAAACUUUGACAAGCUAGUUUCAGUAGGAAGUCCUGCUGCCAACCCAGAGUGAAGAUCGGUGACAUCUAGAGGGUCUGCUCUGAGAGACAUUUCCAUCAUUUUUCUUUCUAGGACUUGCACCCUCCUGUCAUCACCUCCAUUGGGGUUGUCUCCCAAUCACCAGCAUGCCUACAGCUUGCACAAGGUGCACCUUGGGAGUCUGACCCACCAUGUGCAGAUGGACGCCGUCCCUAGCUCAUCUCUGUCCUGAGCCUGCCCUUGGCACCACCUCUCCUGGGCGACGUCCCCUGCCCAGUGCAGCCUCCCUGUGCCUGGCAUGCCUCACCCUGCUCCUGGCCACCUCUGGCACUGCCGCAGGGGCCUGUCAGCCCGGGGUAGGGCAUGAACCUCUUCAGGUGCUGGCGAGUGGCAUCAACUGUUCAUGGACUUUGGAAAGGCACACACGCAGUUACAAUCACCUGGAGGGCGACGUCCGACUACGGCGGCUCUACUCUGCCAACAAGUUCUUCCUCUGUAUUGACAAAACCGGCAAGGUGGACGGCACACGGCGGAAGAACUACGCAGACAGCCUGAUGGAAAUCCGAUCUGUCAGUGUGGGAGUUGUCGCCAUCAAAUCUGUCAGCACUGGGCUGUACUUAGCUAUGUCCAAGAAAGGCACGCUCUUUGGAUCGGUGAAGUAUAACCCAAGCUGCAAGUUCAAGGAGCGCAUCGAGGAGAACGGCUACAACACGUACGCCUCUCUGCGCUGGAAGCACGGUGGCAGGCAGAUGUUUGUUUCCCUGAACGGAAGAGGGAAGCCACGGCGAGGUCACAAGGCCCGACGAAGGCACCCGUCAACUCAUUUCCUGCCUAUGCUCCCCUCCUAGCUGCCCAAGUCUGAACUCUGACCAGCAACCAACUGGCUCACUUGACUCACUAGUGUUUUAGCAGUGAAAGUGCUCUUUAUCUUUAUUAUCCCAUCCUCCUGUCAAAAAAAAAAAAUACAUUUGAUGAGACUUGUAACAUUUGUAGAGGUAGUAUAAUAUGUACUUUUAAGUUAUUUCCUCCGUUUUCUGAUGACAUUAGAAGGCUACAGUAUCUGUCUGCAUGUCUGCAUAUAAAGCAGAUGUUCACUGACUUUGAGUGACUGUACAAGGUACAAAAAAAAGAGGAAAAAUAAGAUUGGAAACCUCUGGUACGAAAAAUAUGAUUCUUGUCAAAUCUGUAGCGAUAGAAAAGUAUCACCUUUGACCUUCUUUGACUGAAAAUUUUACAGUUUUAAGCUCCUGUGAGAAGUUUUAAGCUGGUUAUGAAACAAACUGAAAAUAAUGCUGAGGCCUUUUAGUGACCUACAAAAGCAAGCAAGAUCAUUAGGAACAACAUGAACUAUAUUCCUUUGUAAUGCCUUUAACCACUGCCAGAGGGUAGGUGUUAGAUGAGCUUAGAACAGCACGCUGCCCAAAGAUGCCUUUGUCGACGCUUUCAUCAGUAAACACACUUUAACAGUUACGGGACAAAAGCAUCGAGGAGAUAGGACCCACUGCUUUGGCCACUUUUGGGGACAGCUAAAACGGCAUGAACUGAAAGCUCUCACAGGAACUUGAAAUGCUUCUUGGGAUAUAUUGAAAGGACACUAAUUAUUGUUAAAGGGCGCUGGUUUUCACCUGAGCUGUGGAGACAAGAUGAAAAUCUCUUCUGACUGAAAUAAUUGUGUUGUUCUGUCUUUGUAUGUCUACAUAUGACAAUAACACAACAGAAACUAAGCUAACUACUGGGAUAACAAGCUGAAUUUUCUGACAUGACCUUUUGUAUGUUUGUGCAUGCUUCUGUCUGCUUCUUCCUUUCAACAAUCUACAGCUAAGAUUCAGAUUCUUGGUUUUUAGUUCAGUCGUGAAAAUAAUGAUAUAAUAAAAGGACACUUGGACUCAUUUAAUGCAUUAUAGCAGCUGUAGGUACGCCAGUUCAGUUGUCUUUAGCAGGUACCUCGAUUAUUUUAUACACAGUAGUAAACUGUUACUGUCUCCUUGUCAAGUCUUGCUAACAUUUCAACAAUAAGGCUGAUGCUAAUAGAACAAUUAAUAUAUUUAAAACAUUUUGUACUCUUUAACUGUUUGAAGUUGGUGAAUAUUGUAAUUGUUGACUUUCUGUGUUGAAUUCUGGUCAUACUGGUAAGAAAAAAAGAGGGGUAAAAAGACAUCAUAUUCAGCUCAUUUUGUAUGGUAUUACUGCUGGUACUAUCUAGGUACAUUUGUGAUCCAUUUAUCAUAAACAGCUUUCAUAGACCAGUAACAGUAGGUUGUAUAUAAAGGCAAAGUCUCAGAACAAACCGUGUUUAGAUUCAUUUCAGCUAAGUAAAGUUAUUUGAGUGCCUUGGUCCAUGCUGAGUUUGGUAAACUUCAAUAAAAAAAAAUGUGCAUAAA